CCGCGAGGCUCCGCGCAGGGGCCGAGGAGUCAGGCUGAACCAGGAGAAACCUGCCCCGAAUCCCGCGCCUUCCCAGCAGUCCCUGCGCUACCCCCUUCGCAGAGGCAGGACUCAGCGCUCGGCUGAGGGGGUCGGACUCUGAAGCUGCCCCGGCAGUUCUCUUGGCCCUGGAGAGUGAACCCAGCCCCUUGGUGAGGCCCCCCGGCAGCCUGGAUGGCCCCGAGCUCCAGCCCGAACGGCUCUGAGCCCCUGGGGGCUGGGGCCAGUGAGUGCCUGGGGUACCUGACUGCUCAGAACCGGUCGGCCCGGAACAGCAUGGCGGGGGCCCACGUGACCCAGCCAGACCCCCAGCCCCUCCUGAUCAGCGCCCAGCAGCAGGAGCCCGCCUACGUGGCCAUCCCCGUCACCGUCUUCUACAGCCUGCUCUUCGUCUUCGGGCUCCUGGCCAACGGGCUGAGCGUGCUGACGCUGCUGCGGAGCGGGCGCAUGAGGGCAAGCGCCGUGCGCUUCUACCUGCUGAGCCUGGCCACAGCCGACGUGCUGAUGCUGCUCACCGUGCCGGUGACCCUGUACCGCUACUUCUGGCAGUACUACCCCUGGGCGCUGAGCGACGCCGUCUGCAAACUCUACUUCAUGGCCCGCCAGCUGUGCUGCGCCACCACCAGCUGGACCAUCGUCGCCUUCACCACGGAGCGCUACGUGGCCAUCUGCCACCCCCUGUGGGCCAUCACCGGCCUGCGGCAGUCGCGCAUGGCCCACCUGCUGGCGCUCAUUUGGCUGCUGGCCCUCGUGAGCUCGGCGCCCCUCACCGUGGUCUACGGGCAGGCGUCGGCCUGCAUCCUGGACUACACCUCCACCCGCCGGGAGAAGAGUGUCUUCCUCUCCACCGUCUGCGAGAUGCUGGAGCCCGAGCCCUACGCCAUCUACAAGAGCAUCAUCGAAGCGCGCAGUCUCCUCUGCUUCCUGCUCCCCCUGGCUGCCAUCAUCACCUUCCACCUCCUCAUCUUCCGCCACCUCAGCCAGACCCGCCGGCAGCGGGAGGAGAUGGGGCUGACCCAGCCCUGCUCAGGGGGCUUCUCCGUGCAGGUCAACCAGCCCCCCGGGAGCAUGCCUCCGGCAGAGAGGAAGGCCCGGCACCUCAUGGGUGCUGUGGUGGCUGCGUUUUUCUUUUGCAACUUCCCCGACACGGCGUCAUCCCUGAUGCACAUUUACAUUCACAGCUGGAGCACCAGCAUCCUGGUGCUCUACACCUGGCUGAAGACCUACCUCUCACUGCCUCUCUGGUACCUCAACAGUGCCCUGGACCCCCUCCUCUUCUGCAUCUCCUCAGCCUCCUUCCGCACCGCCUGCCGCGAAAGUCUCCCCCCAUUCCUGCCCUGGAUCAGCAAGAAACUGCAAGGCUCCUGUGUCAGGUCGGGAGGGCAAGCGCCCAGGGCUGGAAGAUCUUUGUGGACCUUAAAUUCCACCAAAGGGGAGCCAAGCAAAUCCUCCAGAGACUCUCAGCCCAGUGAGCCACAGCUCCUCUCCUGUGGGAAGAGAGCGGGCCCAUGA